CCCAUGUUGGAAAAAACAUCAGCUGGGACAAAGGUGCAGGUGCAAACAUGAGGGCUAUUUUCAGAUUUAAUUCUGAGCUUUGAAGAGGGCUUCAAAACCCAUGACGACAGAACAUGAUUGGAAAGAGGCCUUAACAGAGGCUGUAAAGGUUCUCCAGUGUGGUCAGGUAGUGGCAGUUCCUACAGACACCAUCUAUGGAAUCACCUGCCUUGCACAGAAUUCUGAAGCCAUCCGAAGGAUUUAUGAAAUCAAAGGACGGAAUGAGGAUAAGCCUUUAGCAGUUUGUGUUGGUCAUGUGGAAGAUAUUUAUAAGUAUUGUAAGGUCACUGUUUCUGAUCAGGUAUUAAGAGAUCUCCUGCCAGGACCUGUAACAUUAGUCUUCAAGCGGUCAGAAGAACUGAACAAAGAUUUGAAUCCUUUCACUGAUUUGGUGGGAAUACGUAUUCCAAAGCAUCCAUUUAUUCAGAAGCUUGCAGAGGUAUGUGAUGAACCUCUGGCUUUGACGAGUGCCAACCUUAGCUCUCAGACCAGCACGCUGACCACUGAGGAAUUUCAGGACCUUUGGCCUUCGUUGGGUCUUGUUGUUGAUGGUGGACCGAUUGGCAACAUGACAAAGCCAGAAUGUCGUUUGGGAUCAACAGUGGUGAACUUGGGCACACCUGGAAAAUAUAGCAUCAUCAGGCCUGGCUGUGCAUUUGAUGCCACCGUGGAAAUUCUCCAGAAUAAACAUGGCUUGUCCUUACAGUCAUAGAACUGGAGGAAACUUUA